AUGAUGCCUCUCUCUCUCUCUCUCUCUCUCUCUCUUCAGUCCAUUAGUAGAACGAGACGAGACGUCCGAGCAGACGGAGCAGAAGAAGAAGAGAGGAAGAGGAGCAGAGAGAAAAACCACUGAAGAAGAAGCAGCAAAGCAUCAUGGACGUUCUGAAGAAGGGCUUCUCCAUAGCGAAGGAUGGAGUGGUGGCUGCCGCAGAGAAGACGAAGGCCGGCGUGGAGGAGGCCGCCGCCAAGACCAAGGAGGGGGUCUUCUAUGUUGGAAACAAGACGAUGGAGGGCGUGGUGACCGGCGUCAACACAGUCGCCCAGAAGACAAACGAACAGGCGAACACUGUCGCCGACACCGCUGUCGCCGGGGCCAACGAGGUCGCCCAGGCAACGGUGGAAGGGGUGGAGAACGCGGCCAUGGCGAGCGGAUUCGUCAGCGUGGAAGAGGCGGGAGCAGUGGCUGAGGAGGGCGACCUCCAGAAACCUGCAGCGGGCGGAGAACAGAGCGAACAGGCGGCGCAGUAGACGCUCGUCCUCGCCGCCCUGCAGUCACUUCCUGUUCCUUCCUGUCCAAUGAGGAGUGAGAGAAGAGCAACUUUUACAUUUUUAGCUGUCGCUCAACCCUUUGACCUCUGACCCUCCAUCCACUGUAUGAACCCUAACCUCAUUAACCAAUAGAAACCAUCCUCAUCCUCCCUCCUCCUGUUGCCAUGGUUACACUGCCUCAGCAUCACACACACACACACUGAUGUUGACACUCAGAGAACUUAAAUUUAAUCAGGUCGUAUGCAUCCAUACUCUC